CCCCUCUCUCUUCCCCCCUGCGUGAAAAGAGCGGCCGAGAUUCCAGCUGGUCGCCACAGCAAAGAUCUGCUGUUUAGACCAAGAUGAACUGGUAUAAUAUUUUGACUGGAUUUCUACAGCUGAAUUUUCUUCGAAUGGUAAUUUCCUAUUGCAUGGUAUAUCAGAUUCCUCCACAGAGCUUUCAGCUACCAUGUGUGCCAUCAGAGAAGACUUCUAACAUUUCUUUGCCCGCUGGAAUUGCAGAGAAUGGUCCUAGCAUAAAUGAGGAACAUGGUACAAUUAAAGCCAAUGCCACAUCACUGGUGACUGAAGAUCAUUUCCUAUGUUGCCAGUGGAGUGAUACACAUAUUAACUGUUUUGUAUAUACUUCAGAAAUGGAAAUCAAGGCAUUUACGUAUUCAGAAAGCGGUGCUUUUACAACUCAACAAAUAGAUUCAAUAUGGAAUCUACAGUUUUGGUCUAAAGAAAGCACAGAGGAGUUAUUUUGUCUUGUGGAAUUAUCUACUAAGUCACCAUACCUGGAUGAAGACCUUUCAGUGAAUCUGUUGUACACAUUAACAGAUGUAUCAUUGGGAAGUACCUCUACACGUUCCCUAAAGGACAAUGUCACGGUCACUCACUGCAAUGCUGUAAAAAACCAAAAAUACAAAUGUCAGAUAACUUCAGCAAAGUUCAAGCAUAUUUACAUUAUGUGGCUCAAGAUCACAGAUGGAAUAACAUUGCUUCAGUCACCACUAAUGUUAGUCAAGCCUACAGAUAUUGUAAAGCCUGAACCUCCAUCACAUCUGCAUAUGGAUAUGACAGACGAAGGACAGUUAAAGAUAUCUUGGUCUCGCCCAGCAUCAAUAUCAUAUCCACUUCAGUAUGAAAUAAAAUGCUUUGCAAAUUCAACUGAAAAUGUUUGGCAGGUGGUUGAGAAGACCAUGGAAACGUCAUUGAUCAUAAGCAAUACACUAUUUGAUUCUUCAUAUGUAGUUCAAGUCCGAUGCAAAAGCCUUUACGGACCAGGCCUUUGGAGUGAUUGGAGCACACCUUAUAAUGUGAAUCUACAAGAAGUCAUGUAUUUCCCUUCAAAAAUCCUGGCAAGUGUUGGAACAAAUGUUUCCUUUUAUUGUAUUUACAAAACCAAAGAUAAAGUAAUCUCAUCGGAGAAGAUAGUCUGGUGGUUAAAUUUAGCAAAAGAAAUCCCUAGGCAUCAGUACACACUUGUGAAUGACUACAUUGGCAAAGUAACGCUUGUCAACUUAAAUACAAUGAAGCCUGGAGGGAAUUUCCUCUUUAAUGCCUUAUACUGUUGUAAUGAAAACAAGGAAUGUAAUCACCGUUAUGCUGAAUUAUAUAUAAUAGAUGUUAAUAUCAGCAUCACAUGUGAAACAUAUGGCAACUUGCAAAAAAUGACUUGCAGAUGGUCCACCAACACAGACCCACUGCUUUUGGAGAGCACUUUGCUGUUGAGAUACUACAGGAGUGAUGUGUAUUGUACCGAGUCUCCAAGUAUGCCUUCUGAUUCGGAGGUAAAAGAAUGCACUUCACAGAGGAAUAAUUCUUACGAGUGCAUUUUUCAGCCUUUUUAUCUCCUGUCUGGAUACACAAUGUGGAUAGAGAUUAAGCACUCACUGGGGACAGUGACAUCACCACCAGUGUGUAUCCUUCCAAAAGAAGUAGUGAAGCCGUUUUCUCCCUCCAGUGUCAGAGCAGAAAUUACAGGGGAAGCAGGACUGCUGAAUGUGAGCUGGAAAAACCCAGAACUUCCAAAGAAUGAUCUCCAGUUUCAGAUUCGGUAUGCUGUUAACGGAACAGAAAUUGCCUGGGAGGUGCAUGAGAUUUCUGAUCCAUUAGUUAGCUCUGCCAGCGCAAAGGUGCAGGAUCCCUGCGCAGUAUACGUCGUUCAGGUGCGCUGCAGUGUGAUUGAUGGAGUGGGCUACUGGAGUGAUUGGAGCAGACCCGCCUAUACAGUUGUUAAGGAUAUCAAAGCUCCCUUGAGAGGACCUGAAUUCUGGAGAACCAUUAAUGAAAAUUCAAUAAGGAACCAGAAAAAUGUUACUCUUUUUUGGAAGCCACUGAUGAAGAAUCUUUCCUUAUGCAGUGUGCUAGACUAUGUGGUUGAGCAUAAUACUUCAGAAAACAUUACUUGGUCUGACUAUGUAGAAAAUGAUACUGCCUACACAUUUUCAUGGACGGAGGAUGUACAUGCCAUUAAGGUUCUAGCUGUCAACUCAAUUGGAACUUCCUCAGUCAAUUGCGUUUUAACUCUAUCACAACAAAUCAGCACAGUAAACAUUGUGAAGUCUCUCAGUGCCUACCCAGUGAACAGCAGUUGUGUCAUUGUGUCCUGGACACUUUCGCCUGUGGCUUAUAUAAUUACAUCUUUUGUAAUUGAAUGGAUAAACUUAAACGAAGAAGAGCAGAUUAAAUGGAUUAUGAUUCCCUCAAAUGUUAGGAAGUACCACAUUUUUGAUAAUUUCAUUCUUAUUGAGAAAUACAAAUUUAGUUUGUUCCCAAUAAUUCCUGAAGGAGUAACAAAGCCCACAGUGACAUAUGGAUUCUCCAAAGCUGGAAUUGAAAAACAGAAUGAUGUGAACUUCUAUGUGAUUCUACCCCUAGUUAUUUCAUGCUCCGUUUUGCUGCUUGGAGGUCUUUUGAUCUUGCACCAAAGAAUGAAGAAAUUAUUCUGGGAUGAUGUUCCAAACCCCAAGAAUUGCUCUUGGGCACAGGGAGUUAACUUCCAAAAGAGAAUGGACAUUCUUUGAAGUCUAAUCAUGAUCACUGCCCGCUGAACCAAUGUGACAGCUCCCAGACUUCCUAUACAGAGUUGUUAGAAGAAUUAUCUAUUUGAAUUCAGAAGACAGAAUUACUUACAUAUCAUUUCAUUAUUCUGCUGAUUUUGUUCAUACAUAAUAGUGCUGGAAAUGAUUUUGUUCAAAAGUUGCACUACUGGUAUACAAUUUUGAGAACACUUUCUAUAUUUCAGACCACGUAAAGGGUUUGCUGGUUUUAAAGGGAGCAUACAUAACAAGAUAGAAGUUAGGAGGACAUGCUACAUUAUGAUUUAAUAACAUGGGAACAAGCCUACACUUGAGAGCAACCCUCAUCCCUUUCUUUCUUUUGCUUGGCUGGGAGGAGGAGUUUGGACACCUUUAGCUCAGCUUUUUGUUUAUUGCAGUUUGUCAUGUCAUCCAGACCAGCAACUUUGGUUAACAUGGGCUAAGUUUAGUUACAAACAAACUUACUUCAAACUGCAGUUUCUGAAGCAGGCUUGUUUAAACUAACCAUAGUUAAUGUUGAUGACAAGUCCAUAACUGAAUGAUAUGGCAAACUGUUGCUGUUUGCUGGCAUCCGUCUGGUGAAGCAAAAUGGAAACUUCUGCCACACAGGAGCAUAUGAGCUCAAGAAGAUGCUUGGCUUGUUCCUUAAUCAACUGUAAGUGAGCAUAAUGUGUGAAUGCAACCAAUGUGUGCCAUGCUAUUCUCACUUUACUCCCCAAGACUCCUGUUAACCAGCCUUAACUGACAUGAAUGCAUAGAGAGAACAUCAGUAGUAUAUGGCUGACUAAAUGAGGGGUGGUGUAAUGGGAAGGGAACCUGAUUUUGCAUUUAAGCCUGAUAUUUCCCAUCCUUGGUUUACAACAAUAGCAAUAGGAGUCCAGAAUGCCAUGGCCUUAGAAACAUCAAUCUUUCUGCCAUAUUUCCAUUUAUUUAUAAAUGGUCUUUUAAAAUGCUUUGCUAGUUGAACCGACACUUCACAAUAUGUGCUGCUGAGUGUUUUGACCACCUAGAACGUGAUUAUUCUGUGGCUUCAAUAGAGCUCUACGUAUGUACAGUGGUACCUCGAGUUACAAACGCCUCAGGUUACAAAUGCUUAAGGUUACAAACUCUGCUAACCUGGAAGUUACUUCAAGUUGAGAACUUUGCCCCACGAUGAGAAUGGAAAUCAUGUGCCAGCGGUGAAGCAGCAGCAAGAGGCCCCAUUAGCAAAAGCACGCCUCUAGUUAAGAACAGUUUCAGGUUAAGAACGGACCUCCGGAACGAAUUAAGUUUGUAACUAGAUGUACCACUGUAGCUGAGUAGCAUAGUCAGUAGAGGCACAGCCCUGAACUCUUCCCAGUUACUCUAAUAUUUCCUAUAAAUUGAACAGGAAGCAAGAAGAGACUGUCAUGAAUAAGUAACCACAUCUCAAACAGUUUUAUUCAGGAAGAAACCCUCUCUCCUUAGUUUGAUUAGUAAGAAAAGUAACCAAUUACUCUGACAUUAUGGCUUUUAAACUUUCGACUGUCUUUGAGGUUAUCAGUUGGAAUAUGAAAUAGGAACUUCCUUAGAAACUGAACUUCCAGAUAAAAAUCCUUCAAAAUAGAGCACUCUGGAGCUUUGUGUUAAUGAGAAGCUAUUAGAUUCUAUGGCUCUGUGAUCUUCUUUGUAUGAAGAGACUUUUCUUAAAGACAAGAGAUGCCUGACAACACUAUUACGGAAGUACAUGUGAUUUCUGUUCAUGUCCAUCAGAGUACUGAAUGUCACACAACAAGAUAUAUGGAGAAUCCCACUUGUUUGUUUAGCUAUGCACAUCUACUCCACUUUAAUUUCAUUUCAUAGAUGUAUACAUCUCCAAAUUGCCUUUGAAAUGAACAUAAUUCUUAAAACCUUCUUAAUUCCCUGACUGGGUCCUCUGUGGUUAUGCAUAUUACAGUUUCUAGUUAGUCUAUUAAACUCAUUUUUCUUUCUUUAUUGUAUUUACUUGACUAUAUCAAUAGAGUAUUAGCAUUUAAAAAAGCAAUGUCAAUAUAUGUAACAGAAGGAUGAGUUCUGAAAGCAACAGGAUUUUCCAUGCCCUCCCUCCAAUUUCUGUUUACCUCAGUGCACUUGGUGUAGAAGUUCAGUUUUAGAAGAAGCUCCUAAAAAUAUUAAACAUGUUUGAACAAAAAGUUUAUUAUUGGAAACACUAAGGGGGCUAUACUUCCUAGUGUAAGUAUAGCACUUGUGUACAGGGCAUUGUACCUAUGGCUCAAUGGAGGCCUUUUUCUACUUUCACCUCUUGAAAUGCAUGCAGAGGUGAGAACACAGGCAUCACACCAGGGUACUGCAGGGGACAGGAGGUAUUUGAACACCUACCAUCCAGCCAUUCUUAAUUACUUAGGCAUGGGGAGCUGGGGAUAGGGAGCAGGAAGAGAGGGAAGACAGAGAAAUAAGAUUCUGCCCACACCAGAAAGGAUGCCCUAAGGUAACAUAGAAAUACCAAAAUGUAAUUGAGAUUUUCUACAAAAGAAAAACGCAACAUAAACAAAGGGCAUGGAGUAAAAAUUAAAUUAGUCAUCUUCAUUAACCUUAGUUGGUCUACUCUUGAGUAGGACUAAUGUUUCAGACAAUCUCAUGUCUACAGAAUAUUGAAAAGUCAUUAUUUUUUGCAGCCACACUCCAAUCCUUCAAAACUACCAAGUUACAGUUUCCCCAGUGAAGUCAGUGGGAUCACUUUUUCAUAUCGUGAAUACAAAUAAAUUGCAUCUAGGACUUUAAGUGACUAUAUUUUGCACUCUUUCAUUAUCUUGCAGUUGAAUCCAAACUAAAUUUUAUAUGACAGCUACUGAAGUUAUGAAUGCUCCCUUCGUGUUACUUUUCACAGGCUUAAAUUGCUGUAAAAAUGUUUUCCUGGCACUCCCAUUUGAUGCAUAUAUUCAAGAGCAAAUAUUUAACAGCCAAAUGCUUAAGCAAUUUACUCUGCAUUUACUAUUUUAUCAUUGUAGCAUUGUGGGGUGUUUUUUUCCAGGAAACAGUACCUACAACAUCUAACUCAUAUUAACUCAUAUUAAUUCAUAUUCUAAUUCAUAUUCAUUCAUGCUAACAUGUGGCUUAUUUGAUUUAUGCAAUCUGUGUCCUUGAUUUGACUCUGUAGGUCAAGUAUCAGAGAGCUGCAUUAGAAAGCUGUAGUGGUAGACUCAAGCCCUAUCACUGUGUGAUCUGUGGGAGCCUCAUAUGUCUCUCUGUACAGAAAAUAUCUAUAGCACCCAAGGGACCCCUGUGUUAUAUAAGCAGUCUCUCUUCUCCUAUUUUAGCUACUGCAAUUUUUUGUAUUUUGAUAGUCAUAUAGAUUUAUAAGCCACUUUUCUUUAGUUUCUUCUCUGUUGGGCUUAUAAAAACUGCCUACAUGAGCAGGAUAAGAGGAGAAGCUUUGCAACUGGAAUGCAUAGCCUUCUCCCAUGACUCUAGAACUAGCCCUGGGUAGCUAGUAGGUAGGAAGGAAGCAAAAUGGCAUUAUAUUUUAAUCAAUAUCUGAUUGGAGUAUGGGUUUAGUAUCACUGGAUAUAAAUUUGCAGGAAACGGUUUUGAUUUUUCAAGAAGCCAGAAUAAUUCCCCAUGCAGACUUAACAGAUACCAGAAAACUUCUCUUCAGAGUAGGGAGCAACUUGACCAGAUAUCACGGAUACAGUAGCCUGUUAGGUAUGGCACUUGACUAAAUUCUUGAAGUUGAUAAGGACUGGCUGCUCUUGAUAAACACUUGUACCAAUGACACGUAUAUCCAUCAUUAUUUCUACUGGAUUGGAGAAGUAAGGGGUGCAGAUAGACCACAUCAUUUCUUCCAUAUACUAUAGGCUAUAAAACUUGUGAACCUUAAUUACCCAGGCUGGAUGGCUUUGGGUGGACUUUAAUAAUUUACAGAGACUGUAAUUGUUGACCACAGCCAAUUUUACUUGUCAACUUGUGGGUUUUAAGUGCUGCAAAACUUUGCCCUCCCCAUUAUUCUCAUAAUUCCUCCUAAAUAACAUGAAUGAAAAACUGGCUCAGAGCAAUUGCUUUAACAAAUUUUGAGGCCCUUUUCCCUGAAGUGGGUGGGUGCUCAUUGUGCUAGUUGUAUGAACCAGUUUGCUGCCAAAGUGCACUAUAGCCCAGUCCUUCGAAGUGGAAAUGGGUAGGAACUUUUUCCUACCAGUCUACUCCAAAGGCAUAAAUAGGGAGCAAGACUCAGGGCUUCAGCACUGCCAAUGUAAUGCAUGCAUACUUUCUCUUCAUUGACAAGAAUGAAAAUCUGGUUCAGAACAAUUAUGUUUCCCUUUGUUAUAUAAGCUCAUCAGAGACUGACCUGAAAUGGAACCUUCAGUAUUACCCAAACUCCAAUGGUAUCAUAAAUGUAAAUGUGUUACAAAUUUCUGGCACUAAUCUCUUUUGUUAUAAUGCUUAUGCACGCUACUUAAAAUAAAGCAUACAACUUCAUGAAAUGUGAAUGCCAUUACAUUCAUCAGGCUUUUAAAGUUGUGCCAAAUUAAGAAUAAUAAAAUUGAAGUGUUUAAUGUAUUUCCUUUUCCCCACCUUUCUUUUCUGUUCAUUUCAAGUCAUUAAUUAAUAAAUGAGCAUUAAAAUGUA